AUAGUUUAUUCAUAGCUUAGUUUAUACUUAAACUAAUGUGGCAUUAUAUUUUGGUAAUGAGAGGAAAAUGCAGUACUGUGCACUAAAGUCUGAAAUGGUUGGAAGAAUGGAAGAAAAGAAGAGACUUAAAUAUUUGAGUUAUCCACAUGGCAUGUGAAGUUUGGAAGGGAAUUUGCAGACCAUACGCAAUGGUUAAUGCAUAUUGCAUUCCACUUUACAUUAAAUACUAAUUCUGACGUGUGAGAUAGUGAUUGUAUAGCUUACGUGCAAGAAAUAUGGAAUCAAGUUUUGAGAUUCAAUUGUCUAUUACUAGAAAAGUAUAGUAGCAGAAAACAAAAGAUUCCUUCCAUAGGUUGAGUGUGCAUUUCUCCUUUUUCAAUCUCUUUUGUAUUUGUGAAACACUGAACCAUGUUAUUGCUUCCCACCAGUCACAAAAAAUUGGUUUCCCUUGACAACCUUUCAAAGCCUUCAAAUCACCUUAAUUAUUUGUUGAAUUUUUCGAUCUCAAGUUCAUCGAGUAAUAUCGAUAUGGUCAAUUAUUAUAUAUCAUUAAGUCAAUCAUAAAAUUCAUAGCGGCAAUCAUAAAAUUCAUAACGACUUUAUCUUUAAAAGAUAUUACGCUGACAAAAAUCACAGAUACCAUUUUUUAUGCGGAUGUCUUAGUAACAAGGAUCUUUCACAAAAAAGUUAGCUAUAUUUAUAACUGUUUCUUUCAUUGUAGAACAUGAAAUGUCUUAAAUUUAAGACCUACCAUUUAUAAAAAAAACUCUCAUCUGAACAUGCACAUAUGACAUAGUGGACAUUUUAAAAAUGAGUUAUUGUAUAAAGUCCUAAGUUUCAAGAAUAAAAAGAAAACAUUUCAAUAACUAUAUAUUCUUUUAAGCUAUAAAAAAAUUGAAGUGUAAAUAUAAAAUUAUGAAUAUGUGGGUUCUAUUGAAACAAAACUAAUAAAAAUGUACUUAUAUAUGCUUAAAAGUGAUGUGACUCAUUUAACGAAGAAAAAGAAUCUUCGUAAGUUUUUUAGUAAGACUCUUGGUAUUGAAUAUGUUUUUAUGAAUAGAAUAUUUCCUUUAUGUGAUUGGUAGAUAAACUUCAUUUUCAACGGUGAUAUUAAUAUGUUUUUCAAUGAAGAGUACAAAAAGUAUUCCCAAUAUUAUCAAAAGGAUGUAAAUAACUUGUUAGAGUAUUAACUUAAACUGUUUUAUCCAAUUAUAUAUAACUACUUAAUCAGAAUCUGCAUACUAAAAUAUCUUCUUAAAAAGUUUUUCAGCUUGCGAAAUUUGAUGGUAUUAGUAUUAUGCUUUGUAAACGUUUACAAAUCAGCACAUGCAAAGGCAGACAAAAAUUCUGUCACUGUACAUGUGUUUGGACUUUGGAUGUUUUCUUAUUAAUGGUGUCAAAUCCAAUUUUCAUGGAACUUCAACCUAUUUAAAAUCAGUUACUGAAAGUGUGUUUUCUGUUGUAUGAGUUAACACUGAGAAAUUUAAUUUUAGAGCAGUUUUCAUUUUGAAAGUCUGUUUGCAAAAGAAAUCCAUUCAUUUUUAUGCAAACUUAGUUUCAAACAAAAUAUAAAUGUGUGAGCAUACUUUGUGACAGUAACCAAACUUUUAAUAUGAAAAAUCAUUUUUUGAUGUGGAAUAAAACAAAAUGAAGCUAAAGGGUACUCUGAUCUUGCACCAUUUAUCAAAAAAUGUCACUGUGAUCAUAAGGGUAAAACUAUCAUGGUUUCAACUCUAGGGAAUAUUUUAUCAGAUGCAUGAUAUCCUGAUACACAUAUAAGAACAGUAUCAUGGCCAUUGCAUGUAUGAUACUGAAAACACCAAAAUAGUUGCUCUCCUAGAUCUCUCUAUGGUGUCAGCGUAGCAAGAUGUGAAAAGGACAACCAUAGAGGGAAAAGGGAAAUUACAAAGAUGAGAUGACGAAUAUUAAAAUACAGAACAUAGAGACACUUAAGAACAUAUCAUCAUCAUCUGCAAUGAAAACAACUCUUACUAUUUUUGUUUCACAGGAUAGACUACAGCACUAAAAGGACCUUCUCAAAACACUCAUCUUCAUUAUAUAAAUUCAAUUUUGCAUCCCUUCAUUUAAAUAUUUUCUUAUUAAUCUGUGUCCAUAGGAUACAUCUUAAUCAGAUUUCAAAAAUAAUGCUCAUAAUGCUUUUGCCAGUUACUAAAUUAUUCAACUUUAUAUACUUCAUUUGUUUCAUGUGGACAAGAGUUUCAGAGCAGUAUAUAGACUAGAUCUAGAUGGGUGAAAGUGAAAUGGAGAAAUUGUACAAAAUAAGGGAAAUGAAUCACAGAAAUUGAAACAAAGACAGUUUGCAGAUCCACUAUAAAUAUCCACAUCUAGAUGUCUGUCUAAAGUAGCUGAAUGAUCACAUUAUGCAGGAACCUAAAAGAGAGGAGCUAGUUAUAAUAAGCAGUACACUAUAAAGAAAUCUCUAAGAUAAAAGUUACCAGCUGCUGGCCAAGAGAUUGUGGAUUUUCAGGGUUGCAGAGUUGCAGUGAAGUAUCUAUUUUCAUAUAAAAGAGAAGUGAAAAUGAAAGAGAAACAAAAGUGCAUUAUGUCACAUAACAUAAGUAGGUUCUUAUGCAAACUUAAAGGUUAGAGAUUAACUAAAGAUGGACUUUAUCCCAUCUCAACCUUUGGGGAAAAAAGAUUUGCAGAAAAAAGAAACAGUACAUCUCAUACUUCAGGCAUCAUCUGAUAAAGUAACUUCCUUAACCAAAAGAAUAGGAAACAGUUCCUAAUGGAAAUGAAAUUAUUCACAAAGUAAAAAUAAGUUGAAAAUGCUAAUACUAGCUAGCAACCAAGUCAUGCAAGUGCAAAUACACCAUUUAGUUUGUGUCAACAAUUACUGUAUCUAAUCCAAAGAAUCAAGGGUAAAAACAAUGAUGACUAAUCUUAAACAAAAUCAUAUCAUGAAUUAGCAGCAAAAAAAUAUACUUCAGAAGAUACCAAGUUUGGUCUUGGGGGGAGAAACAGUAACCUCAUAAAAUGGUUGAAUCUGGGAUUUUCCUUAUAUGAAAUUUCGAAAAGAGUUAUGUUGGGAAUCGAGUCCAUGUCUCACAUUGAAUAAAAGUGUGAAAGACUCGUUACCCCAUUAUUUUAAGGUUUUUGGUAGAGAGUGAUGUUAAUCACUUAUGUGGUUAGGUUCAGAUAUCAUUGGUGUUUGUGUCUUUUCGGUGAACUUCCUCCUCAAUAGACCCAACAUUAAUAUCAGAGCCGAAUGGUUCGUCUUGGUGACCGGCUCAGGUAUCAUUGAUGUUUGUGUCUUCCCGGUGAACCUUCUCCUCGAUAGACCCAAGAAGUAAUUCAUCAAAGACAACUUCACAUAUGAAUACAAUGUCUCUAUCUUGAAAAGCUACGAAGACAAGUUAAAAUGAAAGUACUUAUUCCAAAGUGCAGAGCAAAGUUAGUAAAUUAUAUUACCUAGAAUGUGAAAAACCAAGGUUUGAAUUUUUCUAAUAAAACAAAGUGUCCAUAUGUAAAGUACAAAUGUGUCUCAAAUAGAAUUUUGUUUUUACAAAAUUAAAUGUGAGAAAGAAAAGUGAAGAGUUAAAUUACAUUCUGUGGCAAGGUGGCACUCUCUCCUUGUACAGCACACAGAUUGCAUGAUAUAGAACGAAAGAAAAAUGAGAAAUAUAAAUUGGUGACAGCAUAAACAGUAAAAAGAAAUAGAAAGUUGGAUAAUUCCUUGUUUCCAACAGAGAAAGAAGUAAUAAAAUGGACAAAAGCUGGUGAGACAGCAAAGCAAGGGAAAGAAAGCAGAAACCUUGGUUACAGGGAAGGAUGAAUGAGAGAUAGAAAGCCGUUGAAUUUGGAAAAGAGGGGACGCAAAUGCUGACACUGAACAAGAGAAUGGCUGAAAAGAUAGAAAAGACUAAGGAGGGUCCGUGAGGUGAGACACUCACACACACAGUGGCAAGGAAACAGUAUGCUGUUCUGUUCUACUGCCUCCGCGGUCACUUUCCCCUGACCCACACACUGUUCAACACGCAUCACAUGAAACUAAUGCAAAAUUUGCAAGUAACGGAACCACACUAGAGACACUGCAUUCCCAUUUCUCUCACAUCACCGACCCCAGCAGGUUCAAUUUCACUGUGCCAUGCCAUGGACCUCCCCAACCAUAAAUUCUUCCAAUCUCCAUCUGCAUUGGCAGUGGCAGUGGCACCACAUGGGGAAGCACUCUCUGAGAGCAACGUGAACAUGUAUGGGAAAAACAAUGAUAACCCUUUUGCGGAUGACUUCCCUGAUCCACUUUGCAAGCUCAACCUGAAGGAAACCUCUGAGUUUGUCAAGUCUUUGCCUGUGCCGAGUGGCAGAGCCGAAAGCAGAGGCCACUCUGUUUCACAACAGAGGAGACUGUUAGAGGCUCCCUCCACUCCUGGGAGACCAGUUUUCACCUUCAGCUCUGGCCUUCCAAGAAAGAGCUUCCCUUCCAAGUGGGAUGAUGCAGAGAAAUGGCUUAUGAGCACUUCUUGCCAUGACUCACCUGCUCACAACAACAUUAACAACAACACUCUCAAGGUUUCAGUCUCGGACUCCUCAAAGGUUGCAACCAGACAACAAUGUGAAGAUGUUGGCUUUAAGCAGCAAAUGGAAAAUUUCUCGGAGAAAUCAAGGGUCACCGAAGAAAGGGUGUCCAAAGCUGUCCCCAACUUCCACUGGUCUCCUUCGUUGGACCACCAGCAUAACACCCUCAGUGCUUUCCAUGGUGUUAAAGACAUUGUACUCAAAGAUAAGUUCACAGACAGCAUAGAGCCUAUUUUGCCAAAUUUGAGAUAUUUAGAGCCAGCAAAGGAAGGGUUCUUGUUUAGGAACCAAGUUGGUGGGGCAAUGCAAGAUGCUUGCACAGAAGUGGUUCAACAUAGAGACAUUGGCACUGAGAUGACUCCUCUGGGAAGUUCCACAACUUCAAGAUGCCACACCCCAGUUAAGAUUUCAUCACCUCCUCGUCACAACACUCCUGCAAGUAGAUCAGGACCAUUGGCCUUGGCUAGCACUGCCUGCACUCUUGAUGUCAUUCAGCUGGAGGAGUGCCAUUUUUCUAAACUGCAACUAGGAUCACAGUAUGACAUAGUCACUUCAAAUUGGAGCUCAAGUGAAGAGGAAGAAAAGGAAAUAUCAAAAAGUUUGAGGCACAAUGGGAGCCACAAAGCUGAUUCCGACUGCAUAGCUGCUUCAUGGGAAGAAGAGGAGAAGACCAAGUGCUGUUUAAGGUAUCAGAGAGAAGAAGCAAAAAUCCAAGCUUGGGUAAACCUCCAAAGUGCUAAAGCAGAGGCCAGGUCAAGAAAGCUUGAGGUGAAAAUACAGAAGAUGAGAUCAAACCUUGAAGAGAAGUUGAUGAAGAGGAUGUCAGUGGUUCACAGGAAAGCUGAGGAGUGGAGAGCAGAAGCCAGACAGCAACACUUGGAGCAAAUUCAGAAAGCCACAGAGCAAGCUCAGAAGAUAAUUCAUAAACAUAACUCACAUUUUUCAAAGCCAAGUUCAUGUGGUUGCUUCCCUUGCAAUAACAACCAUCAUUGAACAUCAUAGUGUUGUUAGGACUGUCUAAAGAGACUUGUUAAGGAUGAAAAUAUUUAAUAAAAGCAAAUUUCAUUA